AUGGAGCCUGGAAUCAAAUCUGGAAUAUCAACUCGGGCAGUCAUGUCUCUGCGUGGCGGCAGCAAUUUCCUCAAGACACAUGCUUAAACUUCUCGCUUGAUUCGGCGUUGCUACACAUUUGUAUAGACGGACAGGCCGUCUCGGCCUCUAUGAUGUUAGAACUGGCAAGCGUUUGAGCACAUCGUUCUCCGGAGUACCGCCAUAUGUAUGGUCAGCUGCGUUCUCUCAUGACUCGGUGUUGGUGGCUACUGGGUCUUUAAGCGGAGAGAUUCACUUGUGGCAUACGGAACCAGCGAAUGCGUACAGACUCUAG